CCGAAUUUCAAAUAAAGUAAUUCAUGAAUUAUAUAAUUUUUUUAAAAAUUAGUUCUUUUAUAUAAUUCAACUUUGUAACAUAAUAAUGUAAGACAAUCACAAAAUACUAAUUUAUAUCAAAAUUUGUUAUAGCAAAAGAACCCGUGCUUAAGCUAGUAUAGUUUUAUAUUGUAUUUCUAUUUAGUUUAAUUUUUACUAAUGUGACAUAUUAAAAAAAGUAGUGAUGAUAUAUGAAUUAGUAUUUAUACAUAACAAUAUUAAUAUUUGUAUAUACAAUUUACUUUAAUAUUACAUUAGAGUUAUUAGUCAUUAUCAUAUUAAGAAACAAUUUUUCAAAACAUAAAAUUUUAUAACGGAAAAUUGUACAUAUCAUAAUUAAAUUGGAUGCCAAGUCACGUCAUCUUUUAUUGUUGAAAAUGAAUACGACGAUAACACAUAAGUAAAUCGUCGUUGGCCACCCGGACUACUUUAAAUGAUAAGAAUACAUAGCUGUUGCGGGCCUCGUAAAAUAAGUCUAUUGACCUCGAUCGCCGGAUCUCACGGUGGUUAUCAAAAAAAAAAAACGUCUUUGGGAUAGUUGAUUAGAGUUGACUACAAACAACGAUGCUAAUCAAUUUUGGGUAUACAUUGGGCCAAAAUCAUAUAUGGGCUGAGCCGAGCAUAUCACACUAAGCAAUGACAUUCAAAUAAAGUAGAUGAAAUGAAGUCAUCAUGAUGUACUAACCGGCAUCUCUUAAAAAUUUAUCCAGCAUGAAAUUGGUGUUCAUAUUUUAUGAGGUAGAGUAGAUAUGAGUUUCCCACAACACAUUAGCAAAUUUUAACAUCUUAUUACAAGAAAAUGUAUUUAAUCACCCAACUAGACACAUUUAAAGAUAUAUCACAUUCAUAACUUUUGUUUGAAACUCAUUUAUAAUUUAACUGGACUUUGUCUUAUCUUUGAUCCUGUCUAACUGUCUUGACAUCUUUGAGCUUUUCUUCGUCUUAUAUCUCUUUUGAUUACAUAUAACUUUAUAUAAUAUAAGGUUUAUAUGUAUAUAUAUUACUAUAUUUUUGAAUCUCAUUUCUUGAAAAUGGAUCCAAUAAUGAAAGGAGGAAGCAAAGAGAAAGAAAACAGCUUUGUAUGGUUAGUGAAGGCUCCUUUCCGUAUCUUGAUCAUGGCACGUGACGCCUACAUACGCAGCAUUACGUCAUGUUCCGGUACCGGAAUCCUUACCGGCGGUGGAUCUUCUGGUUUUGGUCAGCUUUCAGGGAACUUCCAAAUCUGCGAUCCACCUAGCACCGCCCUUCCUAGAAGCUUUACCUUAUCGUCCCCGGCACGUGAUCAAGGCUGCCUGACAGGUGGUGGACAGCUUACAACGGCGACGAGACAAUCGUUCCCGUUGGAUCGCCGGAGGAAUUAUAGAUGUGUUGCCGUGAUGGGACGAAUUGACGAGGAGGUUUCUUGUGAUAAUGAGUCUGAAGAAGAUCAUUGACCCAAGAAAGAAAUGAUCUGAAAAGAUUGAUUAUGAUGGUUUAACAUUAAUUUGUUGCAGUUUGAAUCUAUCAAAGUAAAUCUCAACUUAUGUGUGUGUAUAACAAAGCUCUAGGUGAUUCAUAAUAACAUUUUACAUAGCAUAUUGGAAGUCCAUAGCAACACUUUUUUACUUUUAGUUAAAAGUUAAAACACACAUGACAUUAUGAUACACAACACAAUGUACCAUAGUAUUACGAUAGAUACAGUUUAAAAAGGGAAGAAAUAAUUAAUUGACCAACCAAUCAUUUGUUUGACUGAGUAAACGAAGUUGCAAAAACAGGUUUACUUUAGUCAAAAAUACAAUUUUCAACUAAACAAAACUGUUUUUUUUUUUUAAAUAUUAUUGAUGAGGUUUGUAUUUUCAUUAGAGAUCUUUUUCAGUAGGGCGGGCAUUUUCCGCUAAAUUAUUCGAUGAUACAAUCCGAAAAAUCUGGAUAUAAGUAAAGCUUCAAAGAAAAUCAAAUACUAAAAAUCAAUCUAUCUUAUUAAAACUCAAGUACAAAAUUGGAGUGUUUGGAGACUUGAAUAGGACUUUUAAAAAUUUGGAGUGUUUGGAAACAUGGAUUGCAGUCUUUUAAAAAAAAAAAUAUUUUUGUUUGAAAACAACGAUAGUAGUAUUAAGAAAAAAAGUAAUGGG